CUCGCUGAUAAGAAUAAUUUUUUUUCUUGAACUAAAUUCAAUUUCUUAGUUCUGAAUUUGUGAAGAAAUGUGAAUUUCCGAAUUUCAGAAAUGUUUAAAAACGUUUCAAAGAUAAGGACUAUAUCUAGAUGUACCUGGUGUACCCAAAUCUGUCAAAAUAUUAGAAACUUCAGCUCAGAAACACCAAAUCCCAAUGUUACCUUUGACUUCACCGAUAAAUUUAAAACAUCUCACAUUCGAAUUUCUCCUUUCCAACGUGUUCUGUUGGGAGCAGGCUCUUCGAUCAUGUCUUUGAUAGAUCCUUCCAGAGCAGAUAUGAUUGCUAUUAUGGGAGAGACAACCGGUGCAGCUGCCAUCAACUAUAUGCAUAGUCAAAUGUCAAAGGAUGAAGAAGGGUCCAGAAUUCUAAGAGAAAAACCUGUGAUUAAUUCGUCGACUAUUGAUCUAGAAGCGUUGAAAUCGUUACCAGAUAAUACGCUUGGCAGAGCAUAUGUACGAUUCUUAGAAAAAAAUAAAGUUACUCCUGAUUCGAGAGAUAUCGUUAAAUUCAUCGAUGACGUUGAAUUAGCGUACGUGAUUCAGAGAUACAGAGAAGUUCACGAUUUAGUUCAUACUGUUCUCGAUAUGCCAACGAAUAUGUUAGGUGAAGUUACCGUAAAAUGGGUCGAAGCUUUUCAAACGAGGUUACCACUGUGUGUUUUUGGAGGAGUAUUUGGUGCAGUGAGAUUAGCGCCCAAGCAACGAAUGAAAUAUGUCAAUUAUUACCUUCCAUGGGCUAUAAAAACCGGAAUGAAUAGUAAAUUUUUCAUGAAUGUUUAUUACGAACAGAGAUGGGAUCAGUCGAUGGAAAGUCUGUUGAAAGAGUUGAAUAUUGAGCCUUUAGUUUUGCCAAAGUAAUCUUAAUUUUGGAGAUUGUAUCAGAAAUUGAGAGAAGUAGGCUAAAGUAUUCUGUUUUCUGUUCAAUUGAAUAUUUUGGAGUAUUUCUGUAUGUUUUAUUGUUAGUGUUGCUCUGAUUUUAUUGAAAUUUGAUGUGAAAAUAUAAGAAAUAUACUGUGUUUAAUUAUA